AUGACGUAGGCGAGUUAAAGAGGCGCGAGGGCGGUGUCAUGCCGGGGGUCCGGUGCGCGUGAGGGGUCCGAGAAAGAGCUCAGUUCCGUUCAGUUCACUUUCCGGCUUGUGUGGAGAAAGUUCGAGUCUGUGAAGAGCUCUAACACAGCUAUGCAGUUACAGGAGUGGUUGCGUUCCUUUCGUCUCGGCAGCGGUGAUUUAGGGAGCACUGAAGUAGCGGAUCUGAGGACUCUGCUUCCCUCCCUGGCACUCUCUCCUCCAUCUCUCCUCGGGCUCGGCGCCGUGGCAUCGCUCACGGCCUACUGGCUGGCGACCCGACCUCGCUCCAUCCGGCCUCCAUGUGACCUGAAGGCUCAGUCCAUACCUGUGCAGGGAGAUGCCAGUUGCAGACGGUCCGCCUUGCUGAAGGAUGAUAAUCUACUAGACUUCUACUUUGAGGAUACGAAGACCGUGUAUGACAUGUUUCAGAGAGGCCUGAGAAUCGCAGGUGAUGGGCCGUGUCUUGGCUUUAGGAAACCGGGAAAGCCAUACCAGUGGAUCUCCUACACCGAGGUGGCAGAGAGGGCGCAGGUGCUGGGCUCCGGUCUGCUGGCCAAAGGAUGCAAGCCUACUCCUAAACAGUUCGUUGGCAUCUUCGCUCAGAACAGGCCAGAGUGGGUUAUUACAGAGAUGGCCUGCUACACCUUCUCCAUGGCGUUGGUGCCUCUGUAUGACACACUGGGCCUGGAGGCCAUGGUGCACAUCCUCAGCCUGGCGGAGAUUUCUCUGGUGGUCUGUGAUAAGGAGGAGAAGGCUGAGUCUCUGUUGGUGAAUAAGGAGAAUGGAGUGACUCCUACUCUAUCCUGUCUGGUGCUCUUUAACCCUGUGAGCGCCGCCCUGGUGGAGAGAGGGAGGAACUGUGGCGUGGAGAUUUUGCAGCUCGAACAGCUCAUGGAUUUGGGCAGGGAAAAUCUCCAGGCUCCAGUACCUCCUCAGCCUCAGGACCUGGCUGUGGUGUGUUUCACCAGUGGAACUACAGGAAAGCCAAAAGGAGCCAUGAUCACACACGGCAACAUCACCUCCAACGCCUCCUCCGUCAUUAAGAUUCUGGAGGGCUUUUUCGAGAUUCGCCAGGAGGACGUGUCGAUCUCGUACCUGCCCCUCGCUCACAUGUUCGAACGCAUGAUUCAGGUGUCUAUGUUCUGUCAUGGAGCGAGAGUGGGCUUCUAUCAGGGGGACAUCUCGCUGCUCAUGGACGACAUCAAAACUCUGAAGCCCACUUUCUUCCCCGUGGUGCCCCGCCUACUCACCCGCAUCUACGAUAAGAUCCAGGGUUCGGUGACAUCGGUGUUGAGGAGGGCCGUCCUACACUACGCCGUGAGCAGGAAACAGGCCGAGUUGAGCAGUGGAAUCGUCCGGAAUGACAGCGUGUGGGACAGACUGGUCUUCGGGAAGAUACAGGCCAGUCUGGGAGGAAACCUGCGCUUCAUCCUGACUGCUUCGGCUCCCAUCUCGCCCACAGUGCUGUCCUUCCUCCGAGCUGCCCUCGGCUGCCUGAUAUUCGAGGGCUACGGUCAGACUGAGUGCACGGCUGGCUGUACAUUCUCUAUGCCUGGAGACUGGAGCGCAGGCCACGUUGGUGCUCCUCUUCCUUGUUCCCUGGUGAAACUGACCGACAUUCCAGACAUGAACUAUUAUGCCAAGAGUGGACAGGGAGAGAUCUGUAUCCGGGGUCCCAGUGUAUUUCAGGGUUACCUGAGGGACGAGGAGAGGACGGCCGAGGCUCUGGACAGUGACGGCUGGCUGCACACAGGGGAUGUGGGUCAGUGGCUGCCGAAUGGGACUCUUCGAAUCAUCGACAGAAAGAAGAAUAUAUUUAAACUGUCUCAGGGAGAAUACAUCGCUCCAGAGAAGAUUGAGAACGUCUACAUGCGCUGUGUACCUGUGCUGCAGGUGUUUGUGCAUGGAGACAGUCUACAGUCUUAUUUGAUAGGUAUCGUGGUCCCAGACCCAGAAGUGUUUGUCAACUGGGCCAAAGAAAGAGGAAUUGUGGGAUCGUAUGAUGAGCUCUGUCAGAAUCCUGAUGUGAAGAAAGCCGUGCUGGAGGACAUGACUGCAGUGGGGAAGGAAGCAGGACUGAAGUCUUUUGAGCAGGUGAAGGAUUUGUAUCUGCAUCCAGAGAUGUUCAGCAUCAGUAACGGCCUCCUCACUCCCACCCUGAAGAGCAAGCGGGUGGACCUGCGCCGCGUCUUCAGCGAGCAGAUCACACACAUGUACAGCAAAUCAGCCAUGUAGCGACUCGGGACGGGCGUCUGAAUCGUACGAUUAACGCUUUUAGCUAACUGUACUGUAGAAUCCGUGCUGAAGUGGAACCGCACUACUGAUCAUGAACUAGAUAACGCACAGGAGACACGCCCGGGACGCACGCAGUCAGUAAAACCCUGCUGCACUCCAACUUCUGACGUUUGUAACUAAUUGUGUGUAUAACAGAGCACAAAGAACCGGUGAAGGAUAAACAGCUUAGGGAUUCUAACGUCUGUUAACCCAUGCGUGACUCUUUUUUUUUUUUUUUUUUUCUCCGCCCCCCCCCAUGCGCCAAUUCCUCAGGUCACUUUGACCUUUGACCCUGACCAAACGCUCAUCUUUUUGGCCUGCCGGAAAUCAGUAGAGUGUAAAGACUCUCUCGGGUGCUAUUGCGUUCAUCCGUCCGCUACAAGAGGAAAACUAUGACGUCCAUUUCCUGCUGUCGUUACGGACGACGGGUUUUUAAAAAAUAUUAUUAUUAUUAUUAUUAUUAUUAUUAUUAUUAAAUAUCUCUUACUUGCUAAUAGUUCUUGAUCACAUUCUGCGUUGUUAUUUAGUUAGAAGCGGAGAGGUCGCACGUUCAAGGCUUAACCCGUGGAAAGUGCACACAAAAAAAAAAAAAAAAAACGGACAAGGGUAAAUGUCUCACGUUAGGAACACGAACGUGUAAUUUAUGCAGCGUGUAUUAUAAAACAAAACGUGUGAAGUGUAAAUGUGGACUUUUUGUUUGAGCUGUACAUAUUGAGAAUGAAACCUGCAGAUUAUGAAAUAUUCCACUAAUUCCACCCACGGUAGAGAUGUACUGUGUUUUAUAUUUGUCGUCCCUUACCAAGCAGAUGAAUAAAGAUGAUGCAUUCUAGUCGA